AUGAAACCCAUUCUCACUCCUCUGUUCCUUCCCCUGUUUCUGCACAUCAUCACCGUACACGUGGCCGGAGAUACUUCUCCUAUCUACACUCCGGUCGACGAUAUCACCCUUCAAUGUGGCUUUUCCGGCAACCAACUCAAUCCAGGGGAUAACAGAACUUGGACUGGAGAUAUCAACUCAAAGUUUUCCCCCUUUCCAAACCAAGCAGUUGGCCGCUCCUCCAUAUACAGACAAGCACCUUCUUCCUCAUCUGUCAUCCAAGUACCUUACAGCACCGCGAGGCUUUCUCUCUAUGUGUUUACGUACGAAUUUCGAGUCACCAGCGGCCAAAAGUUCGUCCGUUUGUAUUUCAACCCAGUUUCAUAUGGCCCUGACUUCGACCGAUCCAACGCCCUCUUCUCAGUCACAGCCGGUGGCUUCACCCUUCUCAAAGACUUCAACUCUUCAGUCACUGCCGAUGCUUCCGGGUCUGAUACAAUAUACAGAGAAUUCUGCCUCAACGUUGAGUCAGAACAGAGCUUGUACAUCACCUUCAAGCCAAGCAGAGCAACUUCAGAUGCGUAUGCGUUUAUCAACGGAAUUGAAAUUGUGUCCAUGCCCAACUAUCUUUACUACACCUCUGCUCAAAAUUCAGAUGGAGUUAAUUAUAUAGGCAGCGAAAACACAUUUCGGAUUGAAAACGGCACUGCGCUGGAGAUGGUGUACCGAUUCAACGUCGGUGGAAGCUCACUGUUGUUCAAUAAGGACACUGGUAUGUACCGAAAGUGGGAUGGCGAGCAAGAUGAGUACAAGUACUUAGACUAUUCAAGUAAAAAGUUUAGUGUUUUACCACAAAACAGUAGCAUUGAACUCAACUUUACUGAAAUACCAGAGUACUCUGCUCCAGAAGAACUUUACCAAACUGGCAGGUCAAUGGGCAUGAACAAGACCAUAAACAAGAGCUCUAAUCUUACCUGGGAGUUCCCUGUUGAUCCCGAGUUUUCGUACCUGGUUAGGCUUCAUUUUUGUGAGUUUGAAUCUGAUAUUACCAAGCCCAGAGACCGACGGUUUCUGAUCUUCAUCGCCAAUCAAACAGCUGAAGAAGCCUGGGACAUAAUCUCGCGGAGUCGUGGAAAUGGAAGACCAAUUUACAAGGACUACGUUGUGUUCAGGCCUGCAGGCCCUGUUGAAAGUUAA